AUGGCUUUUCAUUCCCUGCCUUGUGUUGUUGAGAGUGUCACUACCACAGAUCUUAUUUUCCAUCAAAGGAUGAAGAAUACUUAUGAUAAUUACUGUUCUUCCAAGAAUCUUCAAGAAGUUUUCCAUCCUGACAAUGAUAUUCUGGAUUAUAUGUCGGGGUAUAAAAUUAUAUGUGGGAGGAGUUGGACAUCGGUUGAUCAUGUGUUGAUGCCUAUUCAUACUGAGAUUAGUGGUUGGGGACAUUGGAUUCUUGGAAGAUUUUCCGUUAAAGAGAGGGUUCUUUUCAUUUACAAUUCUAUAAGGUCUCCACAGAUUGAUGCUGAAAUUAUUAAGGAUGUGGAGUGCUAUUCUGUGUUGCUUCCUACAUUUCUUUAUUUGCUUGGACUUCAUUACAAAAGGAAAGAGCUCUUUACUGGUGAUGGGAAAUCUAGAGCUUCAACCGAGACUCCCCUCAGCUGCGGUUGCCCCACGCUAAGCGCCGCCACAGUCCCGAAAAGAACCACCACAAAUGGCGGACCGAAAUCCCAAUUUCGCCGGCAAUCAACAGGCGAUGGGCGCCGUUGA